AUCUUUAUCAGAGGGCCAAAUUCCCUUCAUAAGAGAGAUUAAAGUACACCUAGCUGAUUGUUUACUUUGAGUCAUUAUGAAUCAAAGACUCACAGGUUGAAUUAGCUGGACUGUUAGAAAAGCUUUAGAUUUCAGGCUCACAGUUGUCUAAGUAAGAAGAGAAAGCUUCAAUGGAUCUAGCUGUGGUCCUCGUGCUCUGUCUCUCCUGUUGGCUUCUCCUGUCUCUGUGGAAACAGAGAUCUCAAAGAGGGAACCUCCCGCCUGGCCCCACUCCUCUCCCAAUUCUUGGAAAUAUCCUACAGUUAGAUGUUAAGGACAUCAGCAAAUCUUUAAGAAAUCUCUCAAAAGUUUAUGGCCCUGUGUUCACUCUGUAUUUUGGCUUGAAGCCCACCAUUGUGUUGCAUGGAUAUGAAGCAGUGAAAGAAGCCCUAAUUGAUAUGGGAGAAGAGUUUUCUGGAAGAGGGAGUUUCCCAUUGGCUGAAAGAGUUAAUAAGGGAUAUGGAGUCCUCUUCAGCAAUGGAAAGAGAUGAAAGGAGAUCCGGCGCUUCUCCCUCAUGACCCUGCGGAAUUUCGGAAUGGGUAAGAGGAGCAUUGAGGACCGUGUUCAAGAGGAAGCCCGCUGCCUUGUGGAGGAGUUGAGAAAAACCAAUGCUUCACCCUGUGAUCCGGGCUGUGCUCCCUGCAACGUGAUCUGCUCCAUUAUUUUCCAGAACCGUUUUGAUUAUACAGAUCACGAUUUUCUUAGUUUGCUGGAAAAAUUUAAUGAAAACCUCAGGAUUGUGAGCUCCCCAUGGAUCCAGGUCUGCAACAAUUUCCCUGCUUUCAUUGACUAUCUCCCAGGAAGUCAUAACAAAAUACUUAAAAAUUUUGCUUAUUUAGAAAGCUAUGUUUUGGAGAAAAUAAAAGAACACCAGGUAUCCCUGGACAUUAACAACCCUCGGGACUUCAUUGACUGUUUUCUGAUCAAAAUGGAACAGGAAAAGCACAAUCAACAGACGGAGUUUACUUUUGAAAACUUGAUAGCCACUGUGUCUAAUUUGUUUGGAGCUGGGACAGAGACAACAAGCACCACCCUAAGAUACGCUCUCCUGCUCCUGCUGAAGCACCGAAAAGUUACAGCUAAGGUCCAGGAAGAGAUUGACUGUGUGAUUGGCAGACACCGGAGCCCCUGCAUGCAGGACAGGAGCCACAUGCCCUAUACAGAUGCUGUGGUGCACGAAAUCCAGAGAUACAUCAAUCUCAUCCCCACCAACCUGCCCCAUGCGGUGACCCAUGACAUUAAAUUCAGAAACUACCUCAUCCCCAAGGGCACGACUAUAUUAACAUCGUUGACUUCUGUGCUACAUGAUGACAAAGAAUUCCCCAACCCAGAGGUGUUUGACCUGCCCACUUCUUGGAUGAUAGUGGCAGCUUUAAGAAAAGUAACUACUUUAUGGCUUUCUCAGCAGGAAAACGAAUGUGUUGGAGAGGGCCUGGCCCGCAUGGAGCUGUUUUUAUUCUUGACCACCAUUUUACAGAAAUUUACCCUGGAAUCUGUAGUUGACCCUAAGGAUAUCGACACCACCCUAAUUUCUAGUGGGUUUGGCCAUGUGCCACCCUUGUACCAGCUCUGCUUCAUUCCUGUGUGAUGAAGGGCACACCAUCCAGCUGCUGCUGUGCUGUUGUCUCUAAUUCCCCCUCCUUUUUCUCACUACCAGGGAUGAUUUCUCUUGCCACUUAAUCUCACAUCUUCCCAUUCCAUCAAUAUCCACUGAACAUCCAGCCUCCAUUGUACGUGAGAUUCCUGAAUUUUAUUGAAUAAAUAUAUGUGCUGUUCUUUUUA